AUGACAGACCAGGAAGGAGGAGAAGAGUACCUUUUCAAGAUUGUAAUAAUCGGAGACUCUGCUGUUGGCAAAUCCAAUUUACUCUCCAGAUACGCACGCAAUGAGUUUAAUCAAAAUUCAAAAGCCACCAUUGGCGUGGAGUUUCAGACGCAGUGCUUGGAAAUUGAUGGCAAAGAAGUCAAGGCUCAGCUUUGGGAUACUGCUGGACAAGAACGCUUUCGUGCCGUUACUUCUGCUUAUUACAGAGGAGCUUUUGGCGCUCUUCUUGUUUACGAUAUCAGUCGCCGCUCUACCUUUCAGAGUGUUUCCAGGUGGCUUGGUGAACUCAGCACUCAUUCGGAUACAACGGUCGCAAGGAUGUUGGUUGGAAACAAAUGUGAUCUGGAGGGCAUCAGGGAAGUGAGUGUGGAAGAAGGAAAGAGUCUUGCGGAAGCAGAGGGAUUGUUCUUUAUUGAGACAUCUGCACUCGAUUCUACAAACGUUGAAACGGCUUUCGAGAUUGUGAUUUGGGAGAUCUAUAACAAUGUAAGUAGGAAAGUUUUGAAUUCAGAUUCCUACAAAGCUGAUUUAAGUAUCAACAGGGUAAGCCUUGUGAAUAAUAAUGGUUCAAAGCAAACUCAGAGCAAAUACUCAUGUUGUGUUUAGAUAUUAAUUCUCCAAAUUGGUAUAAAGUCGAAGAAGGGCUUCCUCAAAGUGCUGUCAUAUCUGCCCCCUCAGUCAGUGACUGCAUUUGAGGGGUUCUUUAGCAACCACCAAAAGAUAUAUGUAUACUUGUUUUUUCCCCUUUUGAUAAAAUUCAAAAAGGAAAUUAUUGUGCUCGGAAAACUAUGGUAGCAUUUUUCAUGUCAUGUGAUAUAUGUUUAGUGGCAUUUUCAUGCAUUUCUAAAAGGAAAGAAAAUUAAACCAAAAAUUGUAGAAUCUAAAAAUAUUGAAUUUCUUCCUAAUAUGAAGUUGUAAAUUCAGAUAAGAU